GUGGUGGAGAGGGGCUGAGGAAUUCAUUAUCUGUACAGGAGGAGGAGGAGGGGGCAGCAUAGCCUGGAGCACAGUGAUCUCAUAUAUGGAGGAAAGGGGGGAGGCAGCCACAACAACAGCAUAGGGACAUUGCAUGAGCGUCCAAGGAUAGAAGCCCUCCCGAGCAACAGGACCAGACAUUGAGGGGCCAACCACACCGUCAUGGAGGAUGACACAGAGAAGAGCCCCCCAGACGGAGCUUAUGGUGAACCAAGGAAGUAUGACCCGUCUUUUAAAGGCCCGAUACACAACAGAAGCUGUACGGACAUCCUGUGCUGUAUUCUCAUAGUACUGGCCAUUAUUGGAUAUGUGGCUGUGGGGAUUGUGGCGUGGACAUAUGGAGACCCGAGGAAGGUGAUAUAUCCCACUGACAGCAGGGGGGAAUUUUGCGGCCAAGCUGGCACCCGUAAUGAGAAAAAGCCGUUCCUGUUCUACUUCAACAUCAUGAAGUGCGCCAGCCCGCUUGUGCUCCUGGAGUUCCAGUGUCCAACGCCGCAGAUCUGUGUGGAGAAAUGCCCGGACCGUUUCCUCACGUACCUCAGUGUGGCAACAACCCAGCAAAACUUUGACUACUACAAGAAGUUCUGCAGGGAUGGCUUCAACGACUUCUCCAAGAGCCCAGUUGAGGUGCUGAGAGAUCGAGAUUGUCCGGCCAUGAUUACUCCGAGCAAACCAUUCACCAGAAGGUGCUUCCCGGCCAUUAAUUCUGAUAAGGGAGUGAUUACCGUUGGCAACGUAACAACAUUUGAUGAUGGAAGAGGCCAAAAACAGCGCAAUGUGUCUGACCUGCUGGAAGGAGCCAAGAAGGCCAACGUGGUGCUGGAGGCCCGGCAGGUGGCCAUGAAGAUCUUUGAGGAUUAUACCGUGUCCUGGUACUGGAUAAUUAUAGGUCUGAUCAUUGCCAUGGUGAUCAGCUUGAUAUUUGUGGUCUUACUGAGAUUUCUGGCUGGAAUUAUGGUGUGGGUGAUGAUUGUCCUAGUGAUUGCAGUCAUGGGAUAUGGAAUAUUCCACUGCUACAUGGAGUAUGCUCGGUUGAAGGGUACAGCUGGAUCAGAUGUGAGCUUGACGGACAUUGGGUUUCAGACUGAUGUUCGGGUCUACUUACACCUGAGGCAGACAUGGCUGGCAUUCAUGAUUAUUCUGUGUAUCCUGGAGGUGGUUGUUAUUCUGCUCCUCAUAUUUCUCAGGAAAAGGAUUAUGAUUGCCAUUGCACUCAUCAAAGAAUCCAGCAGGGCGGUCGGUCAUGUGAUGUGCUCCCUGGUUUUCCCGCUGUUCACCUUCCUGCUGGUGUGUCUCGUUAUCGCUUAUUGGGCCAUCACUGCAGUCUUCCUCUCCACAUCUAACGAGGCGGUAUACAAGAUUUUUAAUGAAACUCAGUGUGAUUAUGCUGGCAAAACCUGUGACCCAGAGACCUUCAACACCACCAAUGUUACCCGCUUGUGCCCAGAUGCUACCUGCCAGUUUGCCUUUUAUGGAGGAGAAACCUAUUACCACAAGUACCUGAUCAUUUUGCAGAUCUACAACGUCUUUAUGUUCCUCUGGUUGGCCAACUUUGUCAUCGCACUAGGUCAAGUGACUCUAGCUGGGGCAUUCGCAUCCUACUACUGGGCCUUCAAAAAACCAGACGACAUGCCAGCAUUUCCUAUUUUCUCUUCCUUGGGCAGAGCUCUCAGGUAUCACACCGGGUCACUGGCAUUUGGUUCUCUCAUAUUGGCGAUUGUGCAGCUCAUCAGGAUCAUGUUGGAGUAUCUUGAUCACAAGCUGAAAGGGGCUGAAAAUAAGUGUGCGCGCUUCCUCCUGUGUUGUCUCAAGUGCUGUUUCUGGUGUCUGGAGAAGUUCAUAAAGUUCCUGAACAGGAAUGCCUACAUCAUGAUCGCCAUAUACGGAACCAACUUCUGCGCGUCCGCACGGAACGCCUUCUUCCUGCUAAUGAGAAACAUAAUCCGUGUUGCCGUCCUUGAUAAAGUUACAGACUUCCUUCUGUUCCUGGGAAAAUUGCUGGUAGUCGGCUGUGUUGGGAUCCUUGCCUUCUUUUUCUUCACUCAUCGUAUCCGGAUUGUACAGGACCCGUCUCCCGCUCUUAAUUACUACUGGGUGCCCAUCUUGACAGUGAUCAUCGGCUCUUAUCUGAUUGCACACGGUUUCUUCAGUGUGUACGGCAUGUGUGUGGACACGCUGUUCUUGUGUUUCUUGGAAGAUCUGGAGCGCAACGACGGCUCGACCGAAAAACCUUUUUUCAUGUCCGCCAACCUGCAGAAAGUGCUGAACAAGAAGAACAAAGACCCGACCGACAAAUGACCUUCAGAGGCCUAUCGCGUCUUGUGAUACCUCCCUGACAAUCCCUGAAUCCAAGGCCAG